AUGUCCGUGCGAGGGGGAGUGCGUAUCAGCACCCCUCAACCUUCGAGUGGCAGCCACUACCCGUCACUCCAUGAAGACCCGCAGAUGGGUGGGCCUUCAAACCCCGUCUCGGAGGUAGACUCAGCGCCUGUCACGCCACCACCGUUGGGUUUUGGUAACCCAAUUCCUGCAUACGCCGGUUCAGCGGCGUAUAAUCCCUUUGAGCAGCCGGCCCACACCAACUACAAUUAUGCAGAGGUUGACCCAUACCAAGCAGCAUGGGAUUACAAUGCUCUCCACCCUGAGGGGCCUUAUGGAUAUCCCUGGGGAGUUGGAUACCCAGCUUAUGGGUACCAACAACCGCCACCUCCUCAACCUCCACAUCAGCAGCCGCCGCAGCCGCAAUUGAUACCACCAGAGCGACAACGGGAAGUUCUACAAAGGUUAAGCCAGGUUGAGCGGGAAGUUUAA